UGCCGCGACUCACACACACACACACGUGCCGCGACUCACACACACACACGUGCUGCGACUCACACACACACACGUGCCGCGACACACACACACGUGCCGCGACUCACAAACGCCUCUCGGGUGCAUCGUCAACGUCAGCUUCAGUCCAACAACAACAUCAUCAUCGACUUUCAGUCCAACAACAACAACAUCAUCAUCAUCGACAGUCCCGACACCGGCAAGCCAUGAGCAGCACUUGACACCCGAUCGUCGACUCGCUCUGUUCACACUGCGGCCGCCGCAGCCGCAGUGAGCGUUCAUUUAAAAACAAAUAGAUAAUAGUUUGAGCAUUCUCGGCAGCCCUUGCGUGGUUAUAAUCACCCGCAGCAAAUCGAUUAUUUAUCGAGAGACGGGUGGCUUCUGCUUAAUACAGCAGAGCAGCAGCAGCAGCAGCAAUGAUGAUGGACCUGUUCAGCGUGGAUGAAUUCUUGGAGGAGUGCAGGGAGAAUGGCACCACCAGCUCCACGUCGACCUUUUCCUCCAAGAUGAACGUCUACAAGAAGUCGUUCUCCAACAUCGAAGAGGCGCUGGAAACUGAUCGUGGGUGCUUGCAGAAGAUGAAGAAAUACGUCAAGACCAUGUGCACCUCAGGACAAACAUACGUUGAAAACGAGGAGCUCUUUUCAAAUUACCUGGAGAAGUUUGGAAACAACUAUUUGGAGAGGGAAGAACCACACCUGGCCACGGCUUUCCUCAAAUUCUCCGUCUACACAAAGGAGCUGUCAUCGCAUCUGAAGAGCAUGAACCGACAAGUAAACAAUGUUAUCGUGUUCUCCUUGGAUACUCUGCUGAAAGGUGACUUGAAGGAAGUCAAGGGGGACCUUAAAAAAUCAUUUGACAAAACGUGGAAGGACUAUGAAACCAAAAUGUCCAAAACAGAGAAGGAAGAGGACAUGGAGCGUGAGCGGAAAGCUGUGCAGUUGCAGAUGUGCGAGUAUCUGAUCAAAGUGAAUGAGAUUCAAUCGAAGAAAGGGGCCGAUUUUCUUCAGCAUUUGAUCAAACUCUACCACACUCAUUCCAGUUUUUUCCAGGACAGUUUAAAAAUAGUUGAGAGUCUGAAAGGCUCAGUUGAAGACCUCACAGCAGAACUAACAAAUAUCAAGCAGGCACAAGAUGAUGAGCGUAAGAAGCUGUGUGCCAUGAAGGACAAGUUGAAGGAUUCUCUUCAAGUGGAGAGCAAGGAGGAUGCUGGCAAGCUGCAGGCGGUCUACAGCCUGCAUCAGCUGCAGGGAAACAAAACUCAUGGCAAUGAAAAGAGUGGACACCUUCUGAAGAAGAGUGAUGGAAUACGGAAAGUGUGGCAGAAAAGAAAAUGUGAUGUCAGAAAUGGAUUUUUGCUCAUAUACCAUGGAGUGGCCAACCGGCAGCCAGCAAAGCUCAACUUGCUGACGUGUCAAGUGAAGCCGAGUGCGGAAGAUCGCAAGUGUUUCAGUUUGAUCUCGUAUAACAGAACAUACCAUUUUCAAGUGGAAGAUGAAAGAGAAUGCACCGUUUGGGUCUCGGUGCUGACCAACAGCAAAGAGGAGGCCAUGAACAACGCCUUUAAGGGAGAGCAUGGGGCGGACAUCAGCAGCGUGCAGGAGCUGACUAGCGACAUCAUCCUGGAAGUGCAGAGCAUGCCCGGGAACAACUUGUGCUGCGAUUGCUCCGUAGCAGAUCCCAGCUGGCUGGCGACCAACCUUGGCAUCUUGACAUGCAUCGAAUGCUCGGGGAUUCAUCGCGAGAUGGGUGUGCACGUCUCCCGCAUCCAGUCCAUCACCCUCGAUGUGCUGAGCACGGCCGAGCUGCUGCUGGCUAGAAAUGUGGGCAACUACAGGUUUAAUGAAAUUCUCGAGAGCAACCUGCCGACCGACUGUGAUAUCAAACCAACAGCCGACAGCGACAUGAACGAGCGGCGGUCUUACAUCACCGCCAAGUACAUCGAGCGCAAGUUCACGAAGCGGAGUGCGCAGUCCAGCGCGGACAAAGCGGCCGCCCUGUGCGCCGCCCUCGUGGCCAAGGACAUCUUUGCGCUGAUCGAGGUCUACAGCGAAGGGGUGGACCUGCUGGAGCCGCUCGACGCGGCGCACGUGCAGGAGAAAGGGGAGACUGCAUUGCACUUCGCCGUCCGCCAGUCAGACAGGAGCUCUCUGCACCUUGUCGACUUCCUCAUCCUCAACUGUAGAAAUGUGAACAAGCAGACGGAGAACGGGAACACUGCACUGCAUUUCUGCAGCCGGUACAAUGCCACCGAGUGCCUCAAGCUUCUGCUACGGAGCAAAGCUGCCCUCCAUGUGUCAAAUGAAGCUGGAGAAACUGCCCUGGACAUUGCCAAACAAAUGGAUCACGCACAGUGUGAAGACCUGCUCACCCUGGCGGAGAAGGGCUUGUUCAACCCUCGCACGCCCGUCGAGUACAACUGGAAGCUCGACAAGGAUGACCUUUGUGAGAGCGAAGACGAACUCGAUGAGAAGCCCGCCCGAAACACCCGACCCACCAGCUGCAUCACAAGGGCGUCCCAAGUGAGCUCCGAGCACGAGAGCCAGAAGGCUGCCAAGAGGAGGCUGACCCUGCCUGCCGGAUACAGCGCUCAGGACGUGAGCACCACGGCCGCCCCCGCAGCCCUCGCAGCGGGCCGUGUCGCCGACGGCCCCACGCCGUCCUCGCCGGGGGGCUCGAGCAAAGUAGCGAUGGCGUCUCUGGGCUUGGCGGACGGCGCUGGCGGCAGGCGCAAGCCCCCGCCGCCACCUCCAAACAGGCCACUGCACAAGCGGACGCACUCCGAGCCCUUUGGCCCCAGCCAGCUGAGAAACAGCACCCCACCUCCCAUUCCUCCUCUUCCCCACAUCUCUCCCGUACUGUCCAAGAGCGGCAGGAAAUCAUUCCCACAAACAAAGAAUCUUCCGGCAGGAUUGCAAGAAAGUGUGGAGAAUGCAGCUUUGGCACGGAGACCUUCUACACAAAGACCCCGUCCUGCUCCCCCGAGCCCUCCAGACAACUGCGCUGUGGAGAGUGGGCUGGUGGAUGGGUCUAAAGUCUCACGGGAACCAAUUUCCCGGCCCAGGCCUCAUCCGCCUUUGCCUCCAAAGCCACAGGAAAUGCCGCAUCGUCCCCCGGUGCCUCUGCCCAGAAAGCCACCUUUGAUGAAGCCGAAGAUUAAACGGGUCAAGGCCAAAUAUGACUGCCAGGCGGACCAAAAAGACGAACUCACUUUUAUGAAAGGAGACAUCAUCGUGGUUGAACGGGAGGAUGACGACGAGUGGUGGUCCGGCUACGUCGAGGGCGUUCCGGCGAGACGUGGCGCCUUCCCGGUUUCCUUCAUCGAGCAACUGACCGAUUGAGCCUGCCUCUUUGCCAGAAUGUAGGCACUUUGGUGUUUGUUACAAUUCCAAGACGCCGUAUCGCUUACAAGGAAAUGCGGAGUAACUUAGUGCACUCAGGAUUUUGUCAUCAUUCCGAACUCUUGGCAUCUCUGUUUUUGUAGUUUUUUUUGUUCAGCUCAAAAUCAAUUUGUUUCCCUUGUGGAUGAAAGUAACCAUAGGGGAAUUUUCCUAACGGUACAAAGCCUUUUACCCAAGUGAGGAUUAUGAAAAUGUUACACUUGUUUCAGCUGAAACUUGGUUGGUGUUUUGGAGGCAUAAAACAAUACUAAAUCACUUGUGCAACUGGCUUUCAUGUACGAGUCACAAGUAUUCCCAGAUGAGUGUCUGCCUUAAGAAAAAUGAAAGCAUCAGGGAUUUGUAACGAUGUACCCAUGUGUGUCACGUGGAAUGCGAGUUGCGAACCACACUUGUUCGGUUGGUUACUCUGCCAAGUACUUGCACUUAUUUUUUAAUUAUGAAUUGAAGGAAAAUAUUGGAAAGCCUUUGCACUUAUUGUUAUGAACGUUAGUCUUGACCUUUAUGUUAGAAAUAAGCUGGGAAUUUUAGUUUCCGUAGUUAUUUUUUUUAAUAUGAUGGAACUCGCCUUGUUGGUUUUAAAUGCAGGCAAGGCUUCUUAUGCAUCCGCAGCACAGUAUUUGUUUACAAGUGUACAUAAUCCAUAAUAGUUUGUUUUGGGUUAGAUCACGUAAAUAUAGAAAAGUGUCGUUAAACCCACCACCACCUGACAUAGCUAAUUAGUGAGGUUUGUCACGUAAAACAGAACAUGCCAAUUCGUAGUACGGCACACCGGUGUGUUGGAGAGCAAAGCUACAACAUUUACAAUCUGAGUACGACGUUUCACCGGUAAAUUAUAACUAGCGUCAUCCGGCAGCAGCCAGAUUUGUGGGAAAUCCUCCCGUUUCGUUCCGUAAAAAGAGGUGCAGAUGUGAUGUCACUUGUGUGCCCUUCUUGCACGAAGUGGGCGGAGGGGGGAUUCAUAAAUGUUGUGGCUUUGCUCUCCAACACACCGGUGUGCUGUACUACUAACGCAUUCGCAUGUUCUGUUUUCGUGACGAACCUUACUAAUUGGCCGUUUCGGGUGGUGGCGGGGUUAACGACGCUUUUAUAUAUUUACGCGAUCUAUCCCAAAAAAAACUCUAUUGUGGAUGAUAUUGAUCGCGAAAGCUUACCGCGUGUUAAACCAAUUGUAAACAACAACAGUUUGGCUUGACCACUCGACUCUGAGGUCCAUUUAUGUAUUAAACAAAGAAAAUAAUUUAUGAUAGCGAUAGCAUUGAACGUAGCCAUUGGUGUUGCUUGGUAUUCAUUGUGCGUCUUUUAUCUCUUGGUGAACCAGGUAAGGGCAUUGAGAUAUUUAGUUUUUUUUUUACAAAGGAGUCCCGGGGUCUCCGUAAAAGGAAAUAUCUAAUUUAUAAUAAAUGUGUGUACAUACAUUUAUGUGUACAACAACAACAACCGCCAUUUGCCACUAAGUGGUGGUGACGUCACCAUGACGCUUGUGCCAGGCCAUGUGCACCUUGAGGCCACAAGCAUACCCACACAUAUAUAUACCGUACACACCUAGUGUAUACAUAUGCAUGUAUAAUUGUAAAACGUAAAGGCAAAGAUUCUCAUUUUAGCCAAAGAUACAAUGUGGCUCUUAGCUGGUCUUUGGUCCUUAUUGUGCGCCAGUGUUCAGUUGAACUAGUCAAGGCCUAAUGCCACUCGCGGUGUGCAGUUCUUAGCAAGAACUGGAAUAUGCCUUUUUAAGGAUUUCGUAAACUGUCGGUCUGAAUUCCAUCUCCUUUUUUUAAAGAUGGAGGGCACAGCGCAGUGGGUUGGCAUGCUGCAUAUAUUAAUCCUGAUGACCGGGCUUUGUGUAGAUAUGUAUGCCCUCAUUACGUGUAGGGGGAAGGGUUGAGGGCAGGGUGCAGUAGUUGCCAUGCUCUAUUACAAUCCUGGUGACCUGUGUUUGAAUCGUUGUAGACAUGCAGAACACCAUUGGGGAAACAUUCCAAAAUUGUUCCUUGCGAACAGCACUUGCCAACGAGAGUUCAUCAGACUAACAUGGGAAUCUCUUUUGUCUUUGACAUCCAGUAUAUACACACACAAAUUGCACAUACAUUACAAAUAUGCACUGAUGUUCAAUGACUGGUCAAAAGGAUUAUGGAAUUAUGCUGUUACAUCUAAUAUAGUUAAGCGAUGAAUUUCGAAUGCCCCCUUCAAAGCAAUCUUAUUCUGCCAUCGAUGCAUCUUGUGCCAGCAAUUACACAGCUUUUGGAACCACUCCUUAGUCUACAGCUGAAGUCUCUCAUUUGCCUAAUCACAUUUGCAUUAAGUUCCUCAUCUUUUAAAAUAGUUCCGUUCAAAGUGAGUAUAUUGCAAUCUGGAUAAGUUGUUGUAACAUGGGGAGCGUUUCAGAGGGGCAGGCUUGCCAAAUUUAACAGGAAAUUUGAUGUUGCAUUGUUGCUCACUCUCCACGAUAACCCACAAGGUGCCAAACUCGUAUCUAAAUGUUCUGCUUGUGCGAUUGGUCCACUAAUUCCUGUGACUUUGUGGACAGUACUUUGAAGGGUUAAAAUUUGACUUAACUUUCGUGACUGCAGGAAUUCAUCUUUUUUGGUUCUUUCGGUAAAGUCACGUAGAUAGAAAAAUAAUAAUAUAAAUAAAGUGACUAAAAAUAAAAAUGAUAAAAAAUAAAAUCUAAAACAUUAAUGUAGACUGUAGCCUGGUUCUUAAUAGUGAGUGUACUGGCAGUCUUAUAGUGUAGACUGUAGCCUGUUUUUUUAGCUUUGUGAACUUAUUGGCAUUCUAUAAUGUAGACUGUAGCAACGGUUAUUAAACUGAGUGAGCGUACUGGCAGUCUAUAAUGUAGACUUAUUCUUGGUUCUUUCAGUAAUACAAUAAAAAAACAAAAACCACGACGUUUCGAUCACAACACAAGCGAUCGUCUUCGGGAGGAAAGAGGGGGAUGGUCACCUAAGGCAACCGCUGAAAAAGGUUUAAAAAAUGGGCGUGGCACAAGAGCAAAAGCUCCUGCGGUGCAACGAAGUGGGCGGAGCCACAAUAUACAUGAAUGGUUUUUUAAAAUAAUUUUUUUAAAUUAUGAUUUUUCUUCUAUCAACGUGACUUUACCGAAAGAACCAAAUAAUACUUUGAAGGGGUUCAGAGAGCGUUUGUUUUCGUCUAUAUAUAUUUAAUUAAAUAAAAUCCUUCCAUAUACUUUUUGACCAGCCCUCAUUGCAUACAAAGGUAUGCAAAAAUAAGAGGUCACCAUUUGCAAGGUUACUGUCAAUGGGCUUUAAUGUAAAGUUUGCUGAAUUUAAUGUCUAUAUGCAACAAGCUUGUUACACGUUCUUAUGAAUAAAAAAAAUAACUUGACGAAAAGUUUACAAACUGUAUGAAAAAAUCAUCUACCGUGUUACAUAUUUUUCGUAGUCUACCACAUUUCAUGUUUAUUUGUCAAUAAGAUGUUGCCAAAUGCUUUUGCAUGAUAUUUUACCAAGUCUAUUGCACUGGUUUGCUAUUCACCCCUGAGGCUAUGAAUAUUGAUCUGUUUUUUUCCCUACCAAACAUCACACGUCUCUAUUUUAGUCUUCGUGUCAACAUUAUUCAUACGUUUGCUUCUAACGUUCCCGUGUUCCAAUAGCAUGGAGUAUAUCCCAUGGGGUUUCAAGGGCAUGCUAGCGCCCCACUCAGCUUUCCUGCAUCGGCACUUUGUUUCUGGUGUGUUGGUGAAUUUGUCACACGGGCCGGGCGCAUACCAUUGGCUCUCAUUGUUUGGCCGGUGAAACAAAAAUGACUUGAUUUGCGCUAAACAAGCCUAACACUGCACUACGCCACAUGAGAGACGCAUGAUGUCAAAACGAACAUUGAAACGUUUUUUUCUGGAAAUAUGCAGCAAUAAUUAUGAAAAAUGAAAGUGGGAGUCUUGAGUUAGAUAUCAUAAGGAAACUGUUAUUGUGGCCACGUGGUGCAAUAGAUCUUGGUUAAAACUGAGAAAAGGACAAUUCUAUGUUGGUAUCGCAAGAAAACAAAAAGAAGUAGAUGUUCCAUCCUUGUACAUUUUAGCUGUUUUUAAGUUUUGUAAGACUGGGAUGUAUUGGAAGUGUUUUAGGUACGAAAGGCGACUUGUGCGAGUUUGUUUUAGUUCUAAGGCGACUGAUCUCUUUGGUUAUAUCUUGUGUUUUACCUAUUUUAAAUAAAGCAAUUAAUUGAAAUUUU